GGAAAAACAAUCGUGAGUUUUGUUUUGCCGUGGCGCCGUGCAAAAAUCGAGUGUUCUGCCGUGUUCUCGUGACUAGAUGCUCGUGGAGUGUGCCCUUUAAAUCACGCUGGUCGCUUCCUCGCCAACUGCUUUACCCCCAUUCGCUGGGUGAGGCCAACCGGGUCGAAAAAUCGUGAUCGCGCCUUGUGCUUUCUUUCUGCGUAGCAAAAGGUCACCAGAAAGGUUUUGCGUAUCGCGGUCCUUCCUCACUCGCGAAUAGUGCGCGGAUCACGACGAAUCCACCCUAAUCCAGCGGAAUCCGCCAAAAGUGCCACCCUUCUGCCUACCUCGGAGCAGCAGUACCAGCACCCAGAGCAACCAGAGCAACCAGAGCUACUACAAAGAUAGUUUGCCACAUCACUACAGCAGCAGCGCCAGCUCCGCCACCUCUUCCAGCGCCGCCGUGUUGGUCGUGGUGCUCAACUUUCCAAACCGUUGGGGUCAAAUGUGCAGCAGCAGGCAAAAUGAGUUGCGAAAUCCUACAGCAAGACAUCCAAGCGUUAUUGGAAUACUUCGCGAAAAACAUGUACCGCGCGAAAGAUUGUGAAAAUGGCAAUGACGUUAUGCACCGGUGUAACGUACUACUUCAGCAGGAUUACAGCGUGAUUGAAAUCAGUAACAGCACCGGCGAACUAUCUUCUCACUACCCCAGCAAUUUACUCAUACCGGAGUACGAGGUCAAACCCUUCAACUCUGGCAGCAACAACGCUACCAACAACUCUACAACCUACAAUACUCAGGCAUCAUCGGCCAACAAUGGAUUCGCUGCUAGUGACUUCCUGUCCCGGCCCAACACUCUGGCAACCGAACAACGAUGGCAACCUGCGACACAACAGCAACAACUACUACAGCAGCAACAGCAGCAGCAGCAGCAAACCAUCUAUGAAAACACGUACGAUGGAAACAAGCUGCGUGAUCUGAUCAACAAGGCUCGUUUCGCACGCUGUCGUGCUCGCUUUCCACUGCCCGUCAUACUCUACAAGGGAAAGUACAUCUGCCGUUCGGCCACCCUAUCGGGUGGGCCUGAGAUUUACGGUCGCUCAGGGCUGGAUUACCUCUUCUAUAGCCUAGACUCAACCGCUACCUCGCCAACACUAGAUGAGGAAGCUUACGAGGCGCGUGAAACUUCGCUUCCGGAAGACUCAUUAGAAACAGUGGAACCGAUCACCAACAGUGACUGGCAACUGUUCGAUCGUGUGCGCAGCCAGGACAUCAAGUUGUUGAAGACGCUCAACGUGGGCACUAUAGUUGAUUUUAUGGUGGAAAAGAAGAAAGUAAAGUUUGGCAUGAACGUCACGUCCUCCGAGAAGGUAGACAAGGAGAAGCGAUACAACGAUUUCCGAAUCGUUUCGUUACCGUAUCCGGGGUGUGAGUUCUUUCGCGAAUACCGUGACAACAACUACUCGGGCGAGGGAUUAAUUUUCGACUGGUCCCAGGCGCAUGUCGAUGCGAACAUCGGUGUACCUGACGAUGCCACCACGGCACUGCUGAACAUCGACUGGGACAACUACAAAGACUGGGAUUUGGUGAAGAUCACCCAGAACUAUCUGCGGUUGCUGCUCAAGUACCUACAGGAAAGCAGCUCGGGCCUGUUGAUACACUGCAUCAGCGGAUGGGAUCGGACACCCCUGUUUGUGUCGCUUCUACGACUGUCGCUGUGGGCGGACGGUGCCAUCCAUCAGUCGCUAAGCGCUGCCCAGAUCCUUUACUUUACGAUUGCCUACGAUUGGCUGCUGUUCGGACACAAUCUGCCCGAUCGGUUGAACAAGGGUGAAGUGAUAUUCUUCUUCUGUUUCUAUGUGCUCAAGUACAUCGCCGAGGAUGAGUACAGCAUUAUGGGACAACGCUACAAAAGCAAAAACAGCAGUGGGAGUAGCAGCAUUGGGGUCAUUCGGACCGAUAGUGAAAGCAUGCUCGAUGGCAUUCUACUAGAUGGUGAGAGCCGAGGUUCGAGCAUUUCACUUAAUUCCACCUGCAGCUGCUUAAGCGGGCGCAGCUCGUCGCAACACGAUCCACAGACGUGCAUCAGUGCAGGAGCAGGUGGAGGAUCUACCGGUGGCAUCAACGUUAUGAUCGGGCCAAGCGGCACCAGUGGCAGUGGGAUCCAUAGCAUCGAUUGUCCAUACAACACGAGCAGUGCAAGACCAAUCCUUGGUGGGGGCCACCACAAUGUGAAUCAUGACGACAGUCUGAAUGCAACCAAUGGCAAUGGCUGGUUAGCGCAUAGUCACGAUAGUAAUAGCAGUAUUGGAUGCAUAUCGAACGAUAGUACCUCUAAUCUCAGUAACCAUUGCGCUUGGUCACCGCAACAGAAAAGAACUAGUCCCGUAUCAGUGCCGGUAGCGAGCAGAAUGCGCCAGCGUCAGGAAUCGACAUCCUCCCUAUCGGUUGGCAGUUGGCAGAUGAUUUCGGGAACCGGAAGUCUUCGUAGUACGGGUUCGGCGACAGAACUACACAAUGCUGCAGCCGCUGCUGCUGCCGCCACUCACCACCAUAAUCAUCAUCAUCAUCACAACAACCAGCAGCAUCAUAUAUAUAGCAAUUUGUACAGUAAUCCUUUGCUCGGUGGUACGGCAACUGAACACUCUAACCUCAACGCUACGACACCGAAUGCCAACCAACCGCAGCACCAGUCUCACAAUACCGCGACACCUCACGGGCUUAAUCAUACGCAUCAUCAUCAACAGCAGCAGCUGCACAACCAUCAGUCACAGGACUCGAGCUGCUGCACAAUCAUCGAUGAUGAAUGUUUUAGCUCUUCGUACAGCCAUGACUUCUACGCAAUGCGCCGCGAGCGAUUGAAUCAGGUGCGCACGCUUUUCUACAACUGCUACUACUCGACCAUUGCAUUCAAAUUCAAAACCGUCCCGGAUUCGGCGCUUGGAAGUUUACUCGGCAAUUUUGCGGAAAAGGUGGGAUUGGCCCACCGGACAUCGGUUUGAAAAUACGCGCAUAACGGACCCAAAAAUAAUUGUUGCAACAUACGGGAGAGAGUGAAGUGCAGGAGUCGAUGAUAGUCUUCCGCAUCUGCCUAGGUGCAGAUCGUUUAGAAUUGAUCGAGGGGUUACUUUGUUUUUUUUAAUACUUGUAACAUUUUGUUAGCCUUCUACUUUUUGUUUCAAUUCGAAGCUAUUGUAAUCAGCAUCCAUUCAGCAAAGCGUGCGCAACUCAGGGUGAACUGUGUUUUGCGCACCACGUGUUCUGGAAGCCAAACGGGCAACGAGAGCCAGAGAAAAGAGGUGAUUGUUUUGUUCUAAUAAACGUGCAACAUGUGCGAUCGAUAAACGA